AUGACUACCAAAAGUUUCUUGAAGCAUUUUACAUAUAGUCUCGCAAGUGAAAUAUUUGAAAAUAUGCAGGAUCAACGAGAGCAAUACACUUUUUGGAAGUUGGUUAUUCCUUAUAUUAAAAAUCAAGAUAAAGCAAAUUUUCUUUUCCAACAAAAUUUUUCUGGUAAUGAUCCUGCUGAAAUUCAUGAUAUAUCCGCAAUAUGGGUUAUAAUUGUAGGCAAUUCAACAACUGUAAAACAUUAUGUUGUACUUUUAAAAAAUAACUCCCAUAUCUGUACAUGCCUUUUUACUAUUCAACAAGGUAUUUACUUUAAGGAUCUUGAUGGUAUUAAGGAACCUUUUAUUGGCACAGAUAAAUUUUAUAAAGAAAAUGUGGAACAAGAUGAGUUAACAAUUCAUAUUAAUUAUUUAAGUGCAUUUGAUCAAGAUAAUUAUGAUUUUCUUGAAGAAAGUCUUCCUAUUAUAUUAUUCAACAAAAAAUGA